AUUGAGAAAUUGAAACACAACUUAAUGAAUGCAGAAAGUGACUCGAAGAUCCAACGGAAAAAAACAAUAACCUUGAAGAAUGCGAUGGAGCAGAGGCCAAGUCCUGAGCUGAUCUGGCAGAUGCAGAGAGAAAAUGACCUCCUUACAGCUCGCAUACAGGAGCUGGAAAGUGCUUCCAAGGUCCAAACUCUGGAGCAUGAAAAACUUGAUUCACAGUCAUUAGAGGAAUUCAAGCAACAAAGUCAGGCACAAUACCAGGAGCUGGUGAAUGAUCUCUACAAUCUAAGGAGAGACCUACAUGACGCAGAAAAGCUGUGUGAUAAG